AGCCUAGGUGCGACUACCCCUCAAUCGACCUCAAUCGAUUCCCUAAACCAGCUAGUUUUGUCCCUGACCACCAUGGGUAGCAUCACAACUCCACAGCCGGCCCAGGCCGCCCCCUCGGUCCCCUCGAGCCAGCGCUGCGAGCCGGGAUCCGUCAACAUCCCCGUCUCGGCCUGGCCCGCUACAGCGCAGGACCUCUCGGCGGACGCCGACGCGAUCGCAACCCGCACCAUCGACCUCCUCAACCAGUCCAUCGCGAAGAAGGACUACAAGGCAAUUGGGCAGCUCUUCCACGAGGACGCGUACUGGCGCGACCACCUGGCGCUGUCGUGGGACUUGCGCACCCUGAAGGGCCGAGACACGAUCGUGUCGCAGCUCGAGAAGAGCUGCCCCUUGACCGCCGUCGCCAUCGACCGAACCUCGGCCUGGCGAUCGCCGCAGAUUGCCCCGUUCAACGGGACCCAAGACGUCAAGGGCAUCCAGUUCUACACAACCGUGGAGACCGGGGUCGGUUCCGGGCGCGGCAUCGUCCGGCUGGCGGAGAAGGAAGGAACCUGGAAAAUAUGGACCUUUUAUACCAUCCUGACCACGAUAAAAGGCCAUGAGGAGCCACUUGGCCCGGGGAGGACCAAAGGCGUGCAGCAUGGCGCGAACCCGGGACGGAAGAAUUGGCUGGACAGGAGGGUCGAGGAUGCAAACUUUGACCACAGCGAUCCGGAUGUGCUGAUCAUCGGGGCUGGACAGGGUGGUUUGACCGCCCAUGCAAGGCUCAAGAUGCUCAACGUCCCGACCCUGAUCGUCGACAGCAACGAGGCCGUCGGUGACAACUGGCGGAAGCGCUACCACCAGCUCGUCCUCCACGACCCGGUCUGGUACGACCACCUGCCGUACAUGAACUUCCCCGACCACUGGCCCGUCUUCACGCCCAAGGACAAGCUCGCGGACUGGUUCGAGAUCUACGCCAAGGCCCUCGAGCUGAACAUCUGGACGCGGUCGUCGCCGGAAUCCGCAUCGUGGGACGAAGCCGAGAAGCGGUGGACCGUCACCAUCCGGCGCGAGCUCCCCGACGGCACCACGCAGACGCGCACCCUCCGCCCGCGCCACGUCGUGCAGGCCACGGGCCACUCGGGCAAGGAGCACUUCCCGUCGAUCCCGGGCCGCGACCGGUUCGAGGGCGACCUGCUCGUGCACUCGUCGCGGUUCCCGGGGGCGCGCGCCGACGGCGCGGGCAAGAGGGCCGUCGUCAUCGGGGCGUGCAACUCGAGCCACGACAUCUGCCAGGACUACUACGAGCGCGGCUACCACGUCACCAUGGUGCAGCGGUCCACAACGUGCGUCGUCAGCAGCGCCUCGGCGACCGAGAUCCUGCUCGGCGGGCUCUACGCCGAGGGCGGGCCGCCCGUCGAGGACGCGGACCUGUGGCUGUGGGGCUGGCCCGGCGAGGUGGUCAAGGCGCUGCACCGCGACCUGACGCGCCUGCAGGUGGUCAAGGACGCCGAGAUACUGGAGGGCCUGGAGCGCGCCGGGUUCGGGCUCGACCGCGGCCCCGACGACUGCGGGCUGUUUAUCAAGUACUUCCAGCGCGGGGGCGGGUACUACUUCGACGUGGGCGCGUCGCAGCUCAUCGCCGACGGGAAGAUCGCCGUCAAGCAUGGCCACGAGGUGGCGGAGAUUCUGCCGCGCGGGGUCCGGCUCGCCGACGGGACCGAGCUGCCGGCCGACGAGAUCGUCUUCGCGACCGGUUACGAGAACAUGAGGACGCAGGCGAGGGCCAUCUUCGGGGACGAGGUGGCCGACCGCGUCGGGGACGUGUGGGGGUUCGACGGCGAGGGCGAGGUCAGGGCUUUGUGGCGCCGGUCGGGCCAUCCGGGCUUCUGGUUCCAUGGCGGGAACCUCGCCAUCUGUCGGUAUUUCUCGCGGGUCCUGGCGCUGCAGAUCAAGGCGCAGCUGGAGGGCCUGGCUGACUGAGAGGUGAUUAAUUACUGUUAUUGUAGAGGCAACAGAAUGGAAGCGUCGUUGAUGCCCCCUUGACAAGA